GGCUCCCUGGUUACUUCGCUCCAGGCUUCUCUCUUUUGGAGGUAGUCUUGCCCCAGCUGCCUUAGGAGGGCGAGCCAGAGGCUAGAGGGAGAACUCGCUGCGGGCGGACCGACAGAUCAGAUCAGGACAAGAAGGAACAGAACCAGUCUCUCUGUCUCUGCCUCUCUGUUCGUCGCUGCCUCUGUGUCUCUGUCUCCCUGUCUCUCUCUUUCUCUGUCUGUCUGUCUACACACACACACACACACACACACACACACACACACACACACACACACCACGUCCUCUGAGAACUCAGCUGGCUGAGACCGCGCACACCCCGCCCCGGCGCGCGUCCCAGGCUGGUGGAGCGCAGAUCCAGAUCCCCAUAGCGGCCGCCCGGCCGGGUGUUCCCAGUCUCAGGUGGCACGGAAGGGAGAACCCGCGCUUGACAACUCCGCUGCGCUCGCCCAGACCUUCCGCCCUCUGGCCGGCGAGAGGAGCUGAGCGGGCGCGGCUGCCACCCAGAGCCCACCUGCCUACCCUCGCGGCCCCGUUCCAGCUGUGCCGGGAUCCCAACGUCCGCUUCGCAGCCGGAGCGCCACCCCGGCUCUGCCGCUGUCUCUUUCGCCUCCGAGGUGUCCCGGGCGACCCGAAGUAGCGCGGUGCGACACCAGGACUUUGCUAUGGCCGGGGCGCGAGGGCUGCUGUGUCUGUGGCUAGUUUACUUCUGCCUGAACCUGGCACAGGGACAGAGACCAAACUUGCACCUCCCGGGACUCCGCGAGACUGAGCCAAGCGACCGCACGACAGGUGGUAGCCCGAGCCCGGACCUGCGACCGCAGGACAAGGUGUCGGAGCAUAUGCUGUGGCUCUAUGACAGGUACAGCGGCAGCAGCAGAGUCCAGGCUACCGGGACACCGGGCUCGCAGCUCCCAGGUCCUCAGCCCCUGCGCGGUGGUAACACGGUCCGCAGCUUCAGAGCCGCAGCCGCAGGAACUCUUCAAAGAAAGGGGUUGCACACUUUCAAUCUGACUUCUCUAACCAAGUCGGAGAACAUUUUGUCAGCCACACUGUAUUUCUACAUUGGAGAAUUAGUGAACAUCAGCUUGAGCUGUCCAGAAUCCCAAGGAUGUUCCCAUCACACUCAGAGACGACACAUCCAGAUAGACCUCUCUGCAUGGAUCCUCAAAGUCAACCAAUGCCAGCUCUUGGGUCAUCUGUCUGUAGAUGUGGUCAGACCUCAUAGAGACAGUGUGUCUUGGCUGUCAAAAGACAUCACUCAGCUCUUAAGGAAGGCCAAGCAAAAUGAGGAGUUUCUCAUAGGGUUUAACAUUACCUCCAGAGCACACGAGCUACCCACGAGGAUGCUGCUUUUCCCGGAACCUUAUAUCUUGGUAUACGCCAACGAUGCUGCCAUUUCUGAGCCAGAAAGCGUGGUAUCUAGCUUACAGAGACACCGAGAUUUCACAGCGGCAACUGGGCCCAGACUGGAUAGCCAUGUCAGAGAAGGCCUCUCAGUUGAGAGGAGGAAGAAGCGCUCUGCUGGGAUCUUGCUGCCCCUGCAGAACAAUGAGCUACCUGGGGCAGAGUAUCAGUACAAGGAGGAGGGAACAUGGGAGGAGAGAAAGCCUUAUAAGAGCCUUCAGACUCAGCCCCCUGAGAAGAGCAGGAACAAAAAGAAACAGAGGAAAGGGUCCCAUCAGAAGGGACAGACGCUGCAGUUUGAUGAGCAGACCCUGAAGAAGGCGAGACGAAAGCAGUGGAUCGAACCUCGGAACUGUGCCAGGAGGUACCUUAAAGUGGACUUUGCUGAUAUUGGCUGGAGCGAAUGGAUUAUCUCCCCCAAGUCAUUUGAUGCUUACUACUGCUCUGGAGCCUGCCAGUUCCCCAUGCCAAAGUCUUUGAAGCCAUCGAAUCACGCGACCAUCCAAAGCAUAGUGCGAGCUGUGGGGGUCGUCUCUGGGAUUCCCGAGCCUUGCUGUGUGCCGGAAAGGAUGUCCUCACUCAGCAUCUUGUUCUUUGACGAAAACAAGAACGUAGUGCUCAAAGUCUAUCCUAACAUGACAGUAGACUCCUGUGCUUGUAGAUAACCUCUUCAAGAACUCACUCAGAUGCUCCAUCCAAUCAUUAGUUGGGUUUUCUGGGCUUUUUUUUUUUUUUUGCACUGCCAAUGCAUUUUGUUCCAAAAGAUGUUUUAUUGCAGGAAGAAAAUGAACAAAUAGAUAGAAGAUUUCCACCAAACAAAACCGGACUGGAUUUUCCUUUGAAUGUAACUAAAAGUGAGAUUUUUAGUAAACGUGGACCUCUAUUUCUGUUGUUUCUUCAUCACAUAAGAAAAAUUGUUACUCAACUGUUUUUAGAAGUGUUAGAGAACACAUUGACUUAUUUUUGUAUUGGGCUUUAAGACUGGGUGGGAAAUGACAGCAAUAACUUAUCAUUUGUCUACUCAUAUAAAGAGGAAAGGGAAGUAGAUAGGAGCAAUUUUUUCUCCCUAGGUGUCUUGCCUUAGGCUCCUGAGCAGACAGCAACUGCUAAACACCCAUCUUUCUUUGAUGUUCAUCAGGAAGGUUUCUGAGACUUGUCUAUCCUAGGUUUUUCUCCACAAUCAUGGUGGGAGUCGAGCUAGUGUGUGCCGAGUGCUAGUGUGAGUGUGCAUAUGUCAGCCCGCUGUACCUCUUGUAGAAAAAACAAAAGUUUCCUUAAUGUGGUUCUCUAGCUGCAUCUUCAUGGCAUUCCUUUGUUGUCAUCAAUAAUAUAAUCUUCUGACCAGCACCAAUCCACUGAUGAUUGCAUGAUCCAAGAGCCUAUGCCAAGAGCGACGUGUCGCUGAUUGGAAACACAGAUGUUUUCAUGGCCUCGACUCCCAGGAAAAGCGAGCGAGAGGCUUCAUUUUUGAAACCCUGGGUGUUAUACUUCUGUAGCUUUCUUUCUUUUUUCCUUUUAUUUUUCCUACACAUACUGUCAUUUGCUCUAAGGUAAUUUAGGAAGUGCUUCCUGAAGUUGUUAGCUUUUAAGUUUUCUUACCAUUAUGCUCUCUCUUCAUAUGACGUUGUUGAUAGAUGUUGAGGCUUACAAGCCGUUGUUAGAAAUGACCAAGCGAAUUACUAUCUUGUGGUGACCACCAUGCUCCACACCUGUUUCUAGGCUCUUCUCCACAGAGGUCAAGGUACUGUCCUCAGUCAUCCAUCAAAGCCGACUAAAGAUGAUUCACCAGGAGAGAGAGGCAGCAGAGACAGAGUCCAUUUCCACUUGUCAUAAGUAUGUCAUCGUUGAUUUCUGCCGCUCAAAGUGGUUUUAUAUUCCACUCACAGACUGUUACGGUAUCUCAGUGGGUAACGGUGCUUGCUACCAAACCAUUCCUGGAGCCCUCAUGGCAGAAGGAGAAAACAAGCUCCCACAAGUUAUCCUCUGACCUCUACACACACAUGCACA